CGUAUCUUGUGCACAAAGUACGGUCUUCCGUCGCCCGGACCCUCGAAGUACAAUUGCGGGACGGCGACAUGCUCUCGCGUAGGCGGUGAUGACGGUGGCUAUGUUGUCGACGGCUACAAAUACCACAACUGGCUGGGAAACACUCGUCGAAUGUACCGAUCAACGAAUGCCGUGGACUUAGAAAGAGUAUAUGUGCGUACACAAGUACGUCACGAAUAAAUACUACUUGUCCACGAGCCAAGGAUCACAGUACUUGCCGCCGCAAUACACGGCAUCACACAAUCGUCGCCUUCCGUUGGACGACAUACCAGCAAGAGUACGUCUUUGCUAUUUGGCCGCAGCUGCUUUGCCGCUGUUGGCCUUCGCCUUGGGGUGGCUAGAGGGCCGUCUCCCCAAGCGAGCGCGCUCGCCGUAUUCCUUGAUGCCGUAGUAGUCAUCGCUAAGAGAUUGUUGAUGGUCUUCCGCAGCGACCUUUGAAGUUUUGGUUGAUGAGGAAUUCAAUGAAGAAGGCGCAGCGGGUUGUGGAGCCGACAAGCUCUGAAAUGGCUGUCGGUGACCGCUGUGCGGGGCCAGGAGGACGUCGCUAUACGACCGGCCGAACGACUUUACGUUCUUGGACUCAUCGUCAUUCCAUUCCUCCUGCACGACAACCCAAUCCACAGAGGCCACAGACGAUAUAUCGUCAUCUGCAUCGUGGAAGCUCCAUUCGUCAUCGUCGUCACCUUCUGUGUCGGAGUUUCCAGUUGUGGCAACGGUCACUUCAGCCCCUGUGGUUGCCGGCAACAACCCGCUGAGAAUCUCUGCGGUGCCACAAAUGUCGUAGUUUUUCGCAAUGAAUACGUCUUGGACAACCAACGGGUCGACUUCAGGAAAGGCGUUCAUGAGCAUGCUCAAGUUGGACUCCGACUCUUCCUCGCUGAAGGCAGCCGACGUUUGUUGUGCCAUGGUUUGGAUCGAUUCAUGAUGAACGGACAUGCCGUAGUCGUAGUUGUAACUUCCGCCGUAAGCAUCCAUCAUUUCAUCCUGGUAGUCUAGCGAGGUCAAUCGGGCAAACGAUUGCACGCUGCUCCGCUUCGUGCGUGGGUUGGACGAGGCGAACUUGGAGCCUCGGAUCGACAUGACUUCUACAGACAUGAGAAAGAAGAGGUGAUAACUUUGGCGACCGCAAUUGCGAAAUGGAUCCGCGCCGACGGCGGCGCCGCCACGUAC